AUGAACUUGUUCAGGUCUCGUCCGGAUACAAGCUGGGUCCCCGUAGGGCCAGCGUCCUCCUUUCCCGAUCUAGGAGAAGACACUGGAAGCCUGCUAGAGUCUAGAUUAUGCGAUGCCAAACUCCAGCCUGGAUGCAAGAUUUUCCGGGUCCCCAAGGAUGACCCCUCAAAGUCUGAGCAAGUAUUCCUUUCCUCUGAUGAUCCGGAAGCUCCCGGCCGAGGGGAUGACCUGCUGGACCAAGUCUUGAUCUUUCGCUAUAGAGGCAGGUUCCACGCGGUAGAUCACCGCUGCCCUCACUCGGCGUACCCACUGUCCAAUGGCAUGCCCUUUGACAUUGAAGACUUUGGCGUCCGCCUCAGUGCCGGUUUAACGUGUCCAAAGCAUGGCUGGGCGUUCGACCUCUUUACUGGCAUGGCAGAUACCGGUCGAUACAAGUUGGCUGUUUGGGAGCUGCAGUUACGGGACGGGAGCGGAACAAAGGUCAUUGACCCUCUUGCAGAUGAGUCGGACCAUGUGAACAGGACCUUGUGGGUGCGCAGAAAGCAAAGAAUGGGUUGA